UGGGUCCAGUCCGGUCGUGGUCAAACCGCAGAGGAAGCCCACUCCACGAGCGCCCACACCAGCAGCUGCGGGCAUGCGGCGCCUCUAGCUCGCGGCCGCAGAUCGGCGCCGGCGCCGGCGGGGUGGCAGCGAUCCAUGAGCAUGAAGCUCCCGCACCCGCCGCUGGGGGAAGAGGAGCUGUCCCCGCCGCCGCAGCGCCGGCCGCGCGGCUUCGCCUCGGGUCCCGCGCCGUCGGCCGGGGCCCCGCCGCGGAGGCGGGGCGAUCGGGAACGGGAGCGGGAGAAGGAGCGGACGAAGCUGCGGGAGCGGCACCGGCGCGCCAUCACGAGCCGCAUGCUGGCCGGGCUGCGGCAACACGGCAACUUCCCGCUCCCCGCCCGCGCCGACAUGAACGACGUCCUCGCCGCCCUCGCCCGCGCCGCCGGAUGGACCGUGCACCCCGAUGGCACCACCUUCCGCUCCUCGAACCAACCACCCCUGCCUCCUCCUCCUCCACAGUUGGGAAUGUUUCAAGUUGCUUCUGGGGAAACGCCAGCUUUCAUCAACACUCUGAACAGUUACACCAUCGGAACACCAUUAGAUUCUCAGGCUUCUGCCCUACAAACAGAUGAUAGUCUGUCGCCAUCGUCACUAGACUCAGUUGUGGCAGAGCGAAGCAUUAAAACUGAGAACUUUGGGAAUUCCAGUUCGGUCAAUUCUCUCAAUUGUAUGGACAAUAAUCAGCAGUUACUGAGAUCAUCGGCAAUGUUGGCAGGUGAUUACACAAAAACUCCAUAUAUACCAGUUUAUGCUUCUCUGCCUAUGGGCAUUAUCAAUAGCCACUGUCAAUUGGUAGACCCAGAGGGUGUACGUACUGAACUAAGGCAUCUGAAGUCUUUGAACGUGGAUGGGGUCAUUGUUUACUGUUGGUGGGGGAUUGUGGAAGCAUGGAUUCCUCGCAAAUAUGAGUGGUCUGGGUACAGGGACCUUUUUGGUAUAAUUAAAGAGUUCAAGCUGAAAGUUCAGGUUGUGUUGUCAUUUCAUGGAUCUGGAGAGACUGGAUCUGGUGAUGUGUUAAUCUCUCUCCCAAACUGGAUCAUGGAAAUUGCAAAAGAGAACCAGGAUAUAUUUUUCACGGAUCGCGAAGGGAGAAGAAACACAGAAUGCCUUUCCUGGGGGAUUGACAAAGAACGAGUCCUUCGAGGGAGAUCUGGCAUUGAGGUGUAUUUUGAUUUCAUGAGGAGCUUCCAUAUGGAAUUCAGAAACCUAUCCGAAGAGGGUCUUAUUUCUGCUAUUGAAAUUGGAUUGGGUGCUUCAGGGGAGCUAAGAUACCCUUCAUUCCCAGAAAGAAUGGGCUGGAAAUAUCCUGGUAUUGGUGAGUUUCAGUGUUAUGACAGGUACAUGCAAAAGAAUUUACGCCAAUCAGCACUCUCACGGGGUCAUCUAUUUUGGGCACGUGGACCUGAUAAUGCUGGCUAUUAUAAUUCAAGACCACAUGAAACUGGCUUCUUUUGUGAUGGAGGUGAUUAUGACAGCUACUAUGGACGUUUUUUCCUUAACUGGUAUUCUGGAAUCCUCAUCGAUCAUGUGGAUCAGGUUCUCUCGCUUGCUGCUCUUGCAUUUGAUGGAGCAGAAAUAGUUGUGAAGAUUCCAUCUAUCUAUUGGUGGUACAGAACUGCAAGCCAUGCUGCAGAGCUUACAGCAGGAUUCUACAAUCCUACAAACAGAGAUGGAUACUCUCCGGUUCUCAAAAUGCUCAAGAAGCAUUCUGUAAUUCUUAAGCUUGUCUGUUAUGGGGAAGAGUUUACAGUUCAGGAGAAUGAUGAAGCAUUUGUGGAUCCAGAAGGUUUAACCUGGCAGCUGAUGAAUGCAGCAUGGGAUCAUGGGCUGCCUCUAUGUAUAGAGAGUGCUCUUCCGUGUCUUGAUGGUGACAUGUACUCUCAAAUCCUUGACACAGCGAAGCCUAGGAAUGAUCCUGAUCGCCACCAUGCAUCGUUCUUUGCAUACCGUCAGCAGCCUCCGUUCCUUUUGCAGAGAGACGCUUGCUAUCCAGAACUUCGUACAUUUGUCAAGUGUAUGCACGGUGAGGCUCCCCAGAACGGAGAAGGUUGAAUUCCCUUGGCAGUAUAUGUUGGCCCCAUAGCACAACAGAGGAGGUGGUUUCAGAUUUCAGCCACAUUUCAAGCGGAUAUUCAGAUUCACUGCUUUAUUAUUAACUCCUAGGUUCUAUUCCAGUUGAUGUCUGCAAGUCAGCCAUUUACGCUUUGUUUACUGAUCAAACUGAGCAUGCCAUCGCAGACCUUUUAUAGCCUCUUAUGAGAGAGAGCAUAGCGCAUGCUGUAAUAGUUAUGGAGGAACAUGGAGUUUGGCAACAUUACAAUGGAAAUGCCAUGCUUGUGCCAGAAAAAUCUUGAUAUCAAAUGCAAAAGUAGUCAAGAAGCCGGACCAGUGACCAAGCAGAUUUGAACCACUUAGUAUAUUGGAGACCUAUGAGUUGUCUGAUGCCAGAUGAAAGGCACGAUGGCCCCUGCCACUUAUCCUCUUCAUCCAGCUCAAUCUCUGUGCCCCAUGGAGCUGACUCUGGACGCCUGGACCCAUAAACAUUGCAUCGGAUGGUCGUGGGCGGCAGAUGCGCCCUGCAAAUUCAGAGCUCGGUGCCGCUCCUUUGUGCUUUUCAAUUCUCAUGAACGCUGUGGCAGCUUUUCAGCAUUUGCUGAA